GAAGGAAGGUUUUCUUAUUUAGGCUACCUUCUACCCGAAGGCAAGAGACAUCCUGCAACAAUAAUAACAAUAAAUCUGUUGUUUUCGAGUCUAAUCAAAUUUUCUUACUGUUUAUUUUCUUUUCGUGCCUCAAUCUACACGUACCUUCUAUCUUUCACAGAACAGAAUUGGCAGUUCAAUUUUGCCUCUUUCAUUACCUAAAAGUGAUACUUACUUUCCCACCAACUCAGUUGAUGGAAUAGAAGCGACGUCUAAUAAUUGGAAGCUCGCUUGUGAGUUGUUAUCCAUCAUCAUUUCAUGACAAACAAAACCAAAUCAACCAUCCGUUAAGUUUAGCAUUAGCUUGUAUGCUUGCGCCGACACAUCUGAGACAGGUUUAUCCACCCCGCUUCACCUAUCUCACACCUAACAGGGAAAUGUGGUCCUUCUUCGUUAUCUCUGGCGCCUUUGAAACGUCAGAGUGAUAAAAGCUUCGUUGUUUAGCAGUAAAAGCACCGAGCGUGUCGGCAUGUUAUGCAAGGAAGCAUCCUCCGACUUAUGCUUUAGUGUUGUCGUUAAUGGUGGUGGAUUGAGAUAAGGCUGGUGUUGGAUUAUCCUUCCUGGGUAGAUAAGUAGAAUUCGAUGCUCUUGUAAGUCGCACCUUAUCCAACAAUGGGAUUCCACAUUGCCUUAUUUCUCUUCUUGGCUUUUCUUCCACCGUCUUCAAGUCAAGAAGUUAUACAUGCUUCAAUUCUAGUUAAUGGAAAUCAAGCAAAAGCUGAAACUGAUGAUAACUUCAUUUGUGCCACGAUUGAUUGGUGGCCUCAUGACAAAUGUGACUACGACCAUUGCCCAUGGGGAUACUCAUCAGUCACUAAUUUGGACUUGUCUCGCCCUUUCCUCGCCAAGGCAGUACGGGCUCUGAAGCCUUUGAGGAUAAGAAUGGGAGGUUCUUUGCAAGACCAAGUGCUGUAUGAUGUAGAAACUUUGAAGGUGCCUUGCCAUCCCUUUCAAAAGAUGAAAGGUGGAUUAUUUGGAUUUUCAAAGGGAUGUUUACACAUGAAAAGGUGGGAUGAGCUGAAUCAUUUUUUCAAUGGAACAGGGGCCAUUGUGACAUUUGGCUUGAACGCACUUUAUGGGAGGCACAAAAUUAGUCACAAUGUUUGGGGAGGAGACUGGGACUCUAGCAAUGCUCAUGCUUUCAUUAGUUACACUAUCUCAAAGGGAUAUAAAAUCGAUUCAUGGGAAUUUGGUAAUGAGUUGAGUGGUAAUGGCAUUGGGGCAAGUGUUCUCCCUGCACAGUAUGGAAAAGACUUGAUACACCUUAAACAAAUAUUAGAUAUCUUGUAUGAGCGAUCUCGGUUCAAACCUGCACUUGUAGCACCUGGAGGUUUCUAUCAAAAGGAUUGGUAUAAUAAGCUACUACAGGUUUCAGGUUCUGGAAUAAUCAAUGUUCUGACUCAUCACAUAUACAAUUUGGGAGCAGGCAGUGAUCCGAAUCUAGAAAAGAAGAUUCUAGACCCUUGGCAUUUGAGCAGCGUAGCAUCAAUAUUUGGCAAUCUUUCAGAAAGCAUUGAAAAGGUGGGCCCUUGGUCUUCUGCGUGGGUUGGAGAAGCUGGUGGGGCGUAUAAUAGUGGCAGUCGUUAUGUUUCUAGCACAUUUUUAAACAGCUUUUGGUACUUGGAUCAACUUGGAAUGGCAUCCACCUACAACACCAAGGUCUAUUGCAGGCAGACUUUGAUUGGAGGCUACUAUGGCCUUCUCAAUAUAACCACUUUCAGUCCCAAUCCUGACUAUUAUAGUGCACUUCUGUGGCAAAGGCUUAUGGGAAAGAAGGUUCUUCAGGCUUCUAGUGAUUCUUCUUCGCCUUAUUUGCGUACGUAUGCCCAUUGUUCGAAAGGAAGAGAGGGGGUAACAGUACUGUUGAUCAAUUUAAGCAAUCAGACUAAUUUCAUUCUCAAUGUUCAAAACCCCGUGGCUCCAAACAAUGAAGGAACCAAGGAGGUGAAAAGCAUCCGCAGAGAUAACUCUUUCACUUAUCAUCUCAAGAAGACAUUUUCAUGGGUUGGAACCAAAGGAUCUUAUGUCACUUUCAGAGAAGAGUACCAUCUAACUCCGAAAGAUCGCGACCCUCAAAGCCGUACCGUGCUGCUAAACGGUAUUCCAAUGCAGUUGACAAGCCAAGGAGACAUUCCAAAUUUGGAUCCAGUACACAAAAAUGUACAUUCUCCCAUUUAUGUAGCUCCUUUGUCCAUUGUCUUUGUUGUUUACCCAAACUUUGAUGCUCCAGCCUGUGUUAGCCGCCACAAGAAUUAGUUUCUUAAUAAAUCUUGUAUACUAGGACUGCUAAUUGUAAGCUCUUUGUAACUGUAAGUAGUGAGCUUUUGUUCUUCUUCAUUGGGAAGCUAGAAACUUUUCAAUAAAUUACUUUGGAAGAAAGAGGAGUUGUAUCAACAGAUUUUAUAUAUUGAUGCAAAUAAUUAAGUUUCAAUUGAAGUCUGAGAAAUAUCUGCCAA